GCCGGAGGAGCAGGAGGAGGAGGAGGAGGAGGAGGAGGCUCGGCGGAGGCUCGGCGGAGCAGCAGCGCUCGGCCCCGCUCCAUGCCGCCCUGCCCGCCACGGCGCGGGCCCCGCGGGGCGACGGCGGGCGCGGGGCGGGGAGCGGCGCGGCGGUGCUGAAGGACAGCUCCGCUCCCCUGGGCUCCGCUCCCCUGGGCUCCGCUCCCCUGGGCUCCGCUCCCCUGGGCUCCUCUCCCGUCAGCUCUGCUCCCCCUGGCUCCGCUGCCUUUGGCUCCGCUGCCCCGGCUCCGCUGCCCCGGCCCCGCUCCGCGCUCCGGGCGCGCCCCUCGCCGGGUGGCCGCGGGGCCGCCGCUCGCCGCGCCUGGAUGCGCCCCCCGCCACCGCGCCCGCGGCUCCCAUGGCGGUGGCACGGAAAAUCAAAACUUUGUUGACGGUGAACAUCUUGGUCUUCGUGGGCAUCAUCCUCUUCUCCGUCUACUGCAGGAUCCAGGACCGCUCCCAGGAGCUGGUGCAGAUCGUCCGGAGCGCGGACCGCCGGGCCAGGAGCCGCGGCGCCAAGGUGGGCAGCCUGGCCGACAGGGAGUCCAUCCUGCAGCGCCUGGACCACCUGGAGGAAGUGGUCUACAACCAGCUCAAUGGUCUGGCAAAGCCCAUGGGAUUAGUUGAAGGUCCAGGAGGCUUGGGCCAGGGGGGAAUGGCUGCUACCCUGAGAGAUGAUAGCCACGAAUCAGAGACUAAGUAUGAAGAAUAUGGUUACAAUGCCCAGCUCAGUGACAGGAUAUCACUGGACAGGUCCAUCCCUGACUACAGACCAAAAAAGUGCAAGCAGAUGACCUACCCUGAUGACCUGCCCCAGAUCUCUGUGGUGUUCAUAUUUGUGAACGAGGCUCUCUCUGUCAUCCUGCGCUCCGUGCACAGCGUGGUGAACCACACCCCAUCCCACCUGCUCAAGGAAAUCAUCCUGGUGGAUGACAACAGUGACAAUGUUGAGCUAAAAUUUAAUCUGGACCAGUACGUCCAUAAGAGAUACCCGGGCCUGGUGAAAAUAGUGCGCAACAACAAACGGGAGGGGCUGAUCCGAGCCAGGAUCCAGGGCUGGAAAGCAGCAACCUCUCCUGUGGUCGGGUUCUUCGAUGCCCACGUGGAGUUCAACAUUGGCUGGGCGGAACCUGCGCUUACCCGGAUCAAGGAGGAUCGCAAGCGGAUCAUCCUGCCCGCCAUUGACAAUAUCAAGUACAACACUUUUGAAGUGCAGCAAUACGCCAACGCAGCCCACGGCUACAACUGGGGGCUCUGGUGCAUGUACAUAAUCCCACCACAGGACUGGCUUGAUAAAGGGGAUGAGUCAGCUCCCAUCAGGACACCAGCCAUGAUUGGAUGCUCUUUUGUGGUCGACCGAGAGUAUUUUGGUGAGAUUGGCUUGCUCGACCCUGGAAUGGAGGUCUAUGGAGGAGAAAACAUCGAAUUAGGCAUGAGAGUGUGGCAGUGCGGGGGGAGCAUGGAGGUGCUGCCCUGCUCCCGUGUGGCGCACAUCGAGCGCACCAAGAAGCCCUACAACAACGACAUCGACUACUAUGCAAAGCGCAACGCCCUGCGCGCCGCCGAGGUCUGGAUGGAUGACUUCAAGUCACACGUUUACAUGGCCUGGAACAUCCCCAUGGCAAACCCCGGAGUUGACUUUGGAGACGUUUCUGAAAGAAUUGCUCUGCGACAGCGACUGCAGUGCCGGAGCUUUAAGUGGUACUUGGAGAACGUGUACCCUGAGAUGAGGGUUUAUAACAACACAGUCACUUACGGAGAGGUGCGUAACAGCAAAGCCAGUGGCUACUGCUUGGACCAGGGGGCUGAAGAGGAUGACAAAGCCAUCCUUUAUCCAUGCCAUGGAAUGUCCUCCCAGCUUGUCCGCUACAGCUCAGAAGGUGUCCUGCAGCUGGGGCCACUGGGCUCCACCGCAUUUCUGCCCGACUCCAAAUGCCUGGUGGAUGACGGGAAAGGCAGGACACCCACCCUCAAGAAGUGUGAAGAUGUCCUGAGGCCAGCACAAAGGUUCUGGGAUUUCACACAGAAUGGUCCAAUCAUCAGCAGAGACACUGGCCGUUGUCUAGAAGUGGAAAUGUCAAAGGAUGCAAAUUUUGGGCUCAGAUUAGUUGUACAAAGGUGCUCGGGGCAGAAAUGGAUGAUUAGAAACUGGAUCAAACAUGGUCGACACUGACUGUGAGGCUGAGCUGCCUCUCCUGCUGUUGUCCAUUGCUCAGUGUGCCAUAUCUUGUGAGGCAUUUGUCUUAAAGCAAAUUAGUUUGAACAGGUCUUAGCUCUCAAGAGUCCUCUGUAGUUGGGCAUUCCAAGGAAAGAAAGAAGAAAAAGAAAAGCAGACACACACAUGCCCUGUUUGACUCUUCCUUGCUCCAGCAGAUGAUGUGGGAAGCUUAAUGAGAGUUUUCUGUUGAUUUGGAAAUCUUGUGAAGAUCAGAACUCAACAGGAAAGUGGAUUCCUUAAGCUCUCCUAGGGGAAUGGAUGGACAGAUCUUUCUAUGCUGAGUUCAAAGGAGACAUCUCAAUACUGCCUCAUAAAGAGAGUUCUCUGAUGGGUAGCUUUUUAGCUUUAAGUUUUGGACUGGUGCACAACUCCUAUGGUGAAUAAUUAUGUGCCUUUUUUAUUGUACUUCGUAUAAAAGAGGACUGGAAAAAUCCUACCUUUUCAGCAUGUCUGGUUCAUUGUACUAAACAAGAAGAUCUGUAAAUAACACUGGAAAUAUAUUAUAAUAUAUGAUACAUUUCAAGGUUGAUUGUUUAGGAGUCUCUAUUUCUAGAAAGAGACUGUUCUGCAAAUGUUUACAGGUGGUUCUCAACCUUUGAGCUGCUGGAAAGCAGCAUUUUAGAGACCUCUUCUAGUUAGACACAGGUAAAUGUUGAAUAGGUAAAAUAGCCACACGCUCCGUUAUAUUGCCACGUUUUACAUUUGUUGGCUGUAGAGGCAUCACAAUUUAGCACUUGGAUAUUUGGCUCUCCCGAGGCAGUAAAUGUACUGGCAGAUGGAUGGAUUUCAGGAGGCCUCAGCUGGCCCCAAAGCCCUGAGUGUGUGUGGGUCUCUGUCCUGCAGGUCACUGUCGUCUUGUUCCAGAGACUGCCUGGAACAAGGAUACUCCUAAUUCUGGAGAUAAGAUGACUGGCUUAGGUGCCAUCUGUGGAGCUUAAUAACUCAGAUCUUCCAUUUGGUUUCCCACCCUGUGAAAAUGUCAAAUGUGAGCAAAUACACUUUGUGAGCCCUGUCUAGACAAAUUUCCUGAACAAACCAACAAAGUCUUUUCAGCAUUUGAAAAACAAACACAAGCCUAGUGAUAAGAAGGCAAAUUAGAGCAAGAGGUAGGGAGCAUAUAUAAAUACUGUUAUUCUGAAAUAUAAAUAUUUUACUGUAGCUGACCCACUGGCAGCAUCUUUGUGAACCUGAAUUUAAAAAGGUAUCCAGUUGCUCAUGCAGGAUCUGUGCAUAUGGACAGAGCAGUGACAAGGUCUUAUCCAAAAGGCUGUCAGAAUUGAUGACCACUGUCAUCAGCAGGUUUUGGAUGGGGCUCUGUGGCACACAGCUUUUCAGUACAGAUUAUUUCAGUCAUACUGAAGGAGAGACACAGAUGGUAUCUGUUAAUUUCACUGUUUAAUAUUUUAUAGUUAUUUUUUAAAAAAAAUGUUUUGUUUUACUGAGCCAGGAAAAUAGGUAAUUGCAGUCACUGUGGUACUGUGAAUCUUGGUGAUCUGUUCCUUGAAUAGUUUUUGCCAUUCCUGUUUCAAGGCAUGCUGAACAAAACUGAAUGGAAACAGUUAAUUUUUCAAGGGCAUGAUAUGUAAUAAAAUAUUUACUUUUAACAUGCAAAAUCCAUCAAUUCUUGUCAACUCUUGGUUAGUAUCUAGAAAGCGUAUCACUAUAUUUUGCCCCAGUUUUAUUCUUGAAAUAGACUGUGCAAGAUGCAAUACAAAGCCUUUUCUCCUGGAGUUUACUUGUGGCUAAUUGCUGAUCUUUAUUCAUGUCACAUGGACCAGGUUACACAUGAAUAUACACAAAAGAAUAAUUCUGGGUGAGAUUCUAGAUACAGAAAUGCUUAAAAUUCCAUGUUUUUGGUAAGUUGAACAAAACCUUUUGAACAGUGUAAUAAGACCUGCAGGGAGAAUAGCAUCUUUAAUAAAUCGAGCAAUACUGGAUAAAAUCACGGACAAUCUCAGUUUUCAAGCCUUCCUGCAGGUCCAAAACAUGUAGGAAGCUUCAGGCUAAAUAUAGAUUGGGAACAGCUGCCCUGCAUUUAACCUCCUUGUGUUAACCUAUCAGACAAUUUAAAAUUAUAUUUGCCAUCUAUGGAGCAGGUGUUGAAAGCUUUGUACAGGGUGAAUUUGUGAGUGAGUUUUCAUCUUCUCUCCAAAUACAAGUUCCACCUUUUAAAUUGUAUGAAAGCUGUAUUCUCCUUUUGUUUGCUCUGAUGGAGUUUUACUCGAGGGAGGUGAGAAAGCAAAGGAAGGAAAAGAUGGUUUUACCAGGUGAGAUUUAGAGGAAUACCAGGUUUUAAAUCUUCUCUCCUAAAAGGGGUCUUGCACGUGCAGUUUAGGAGCUUUGAAGCUGAGAUGACCAGAUAGAUCUGUGUUUACUGGCAAAGAUUUCAAGGGAGAUUUCAAACCUUCACUCUGACACAACUCUGAUGACAUAAAAUUGGUUGUCUUGGAAUUUUGCCACUGAGUGCUCAAUGCAGAGCAUUUGACCAUGGCCACGCUGUCUGAGAGUGGUCAGUCCUGGCAGGUUUGAGUGCCAAGGCCACCAGCUGCAGGAGGCUUGCAAGAACCAGACUUAGGGUAUAAGAAGGAAAACAGGUUUUUGUGGUAGAUAAAUGGCUUUGAGAUUUACAUAAUAAUAGAAAUCAAAUAACUCUUAAAAGGUGGAGUUGGUAUUUUAUGUGGUUGUCGUUUUUUUUAAGAUUUGUUGGAACAAUUUCUUAUAUUUGCAAAACACAUCUGUUGGAUUAAUUUUACUUUAGUCUUCAUCUGUAUGAACCACUGCUUUGGCUGUGGUACUAACAUGGUGACUCUGCAUGUGAGAGAGUCUUAAAUAUUCUCUCAUCAAAGGAAUAAUAAUAAAAAAAGCCUUGAAUAUUAUCUCUUUUAACCAAAGUCUAUGGUUCUUUUGUCAGUGAUUCACCCCUUAGUAUAAUCUGAAAUCCUGCUUAAUGGUGUUCACAUUUUCAGUCUUGUUUCCUACAGUGCAGCAUUCUAGAUCUCAUGAAAAGUAUUCAGUGUAGUGUAAUAUGCCUUGUAGAGAAAAUUCAGUUCAAAGGCUUCAGAUGCUAGUUUGUUUGAUUCAGGAGAUUAUGGAGCUAAAUACUAGGUCAUAGGACAAAAGAACAGAAGGUAAGAAAGACUAUCAAGUCUAGCAUACUGUUGUCAAAGGCAAGGCAGGAAAAACGUACUUUUUAAAGCGUGUCAGGGUCCCUAAAAAUUAGCUUGAGUCCCGUGGUAAUAAAAAGCCCUUUCUCCUUUGAGAGCUACAGUGUGUUUUCCAAGCUGAAUUUAAUUUUGCUUUGGUUGAAUCUGUUUGUUCCUUAGCCAGAACAGUCCUCUAUCCUUACUGGCUUGCUGAUUCCUGAGGCAUGCUAAGCUCCAGUGGGAGGGAACCAAGAGAAAAAGUUGGUGUUUUGGAAGGACCCACUGGAUUCCCCUGCAAUCAUAUAAGAUCUCUGUUGUGUUCACCCACCAGAACUCUUCAGGGCUGUUCUACAUCAAAAAAGCCAAACUCAGGUUCCAUAGAAGUGAUCUAAGACCAAAAUAUGGAAACAACAGGUCUUCAUACAUGUUUUGAAAGUGUUGAAGUAUUUCCCUCAGUUGAAUGAAUAAUUGGGGGCUCAAUGUGUCUGAAGAUGAAGCCUUCACAGUCCUUCAUUUAUAUUCCUUUACAUCAGCCUAUUCCUUUUUAAAAACUGUGAUCUAGUAGAUGAAAACCUCACUUGCCAUGUGACAAGGGGUGUAAUCUAUGUGACACAGGACAGCUGCAAUUUUAAGUACUUAAGCCAGAGCUAAUAAGAUUUAAUGAAAUAGCACCAGUCCUAAUCUGUUCUUUAGAUCAAUUACACAGCAUGUAAUUCCUUCAGUAUCCAGUAUUCAUUUGAAAUGGUUCAUUAACAGCCAUACAAAAGUGCAUUAUGGUCUGUUUUGAGAUCCAGGGAGCUGGGCUAUAAGAAGAACUGCAAUAGAAGUUGUAGUUCAGAGGGAAUUUGGCAUAUUAUUAUUCAGUUAGGACACAAAUACCUUUGGUUUUUCAUGAGAGGCUUUGAGAGGAAAAACAACUACCAGAAUUCACUUGAUUGAAGGUGUUUCUAACAAUGAUGUUCUAUUUUUGCCAGCUGCUAUUUUGACUACCUGCUUCUUAGUGCUGAUCCAAGUCAAUGGUAGAGGUCAUACCACAGAUAAAAGAUGGUAUUGCAAAUUAGAAGAUCUAGCUAAGAGGCUGGACAGAAACCAAGGAAUGAUCAGGUCUUCACAUGUCUCUGGAUCUGGAUGCCACCACAGUAAACUUAAUACUCAAAAAUUCUCUUUGGAAAGAAUUCCAAACUACAGUGACCUCUUUAGUACAUUAUCAUGGAUUUCAGAAUGGCUUCACAAAAUACAGUGACUUAUAUUACAAAAGCAUUAAUGACAUGUAACUAAAAGUUAUUGAGUUCAGGGGUUGUCCUAAAUGAAAACAAUGGGUUUUGGCCAAGAAUGCUUACAAAUACCCAGUGAACAAUAUAUGGCAACCUGCUUUUGAAAAACAUAAUUUCUGAAUCAAAAGUUUCUUCAGACAUGUAGAAGCAUGGAUUACUUUUCAUAGUAUUAGAGUUUCCUAUUGGCCAUCAACAAGUGUUGUGCAGUUUCCAAACUCUUUGUAAUGUUUAAUUAAAAAAGAAUUGCAGCAACUAGAAUACAAGUUGUGACUGCAAAUAAUUUUUCAUUAUGUGGCACUUUAUCAAAUCAAUUUGUAUUCACACUGGAAAAGUUAAUAAAUUACUAUGCAUUUUACUGCUGA